AUGCACGGCAGGCCCCGCGUCAAGGCAACCGGCCCUCCAGACCCAGAGCGUGUCAAGGCGACGGAGAAGAAGGCCGCGCUCUUCGGCCAGCUGGCGGGCGAGGUGCUGGCGCGGCGCGCGGCGGCGCGGUUUGAUGCCGAGUCGCUGGGCCUUGCCGGCAAGCUGCUGGAGCUGCACCCAGAGGUGUACACAGUGUGGAACUACCGGCGGGAGGCGCUGGGGCCGGUGCUGGAUGCGGGGGGCGAGGCCGCGGUGGCGGCUGUGGCCGGUGAGCUGGCGCUGACGGAGCGUGCCCUGCACAAGAAUCCCAAGUCGUACGCCACCUGGCACCACCGCAAGUGGAUCGUGGCCAGGGGAUUCUGCUCCCUGGAGCACGAGCUCAAGCUGGUGGGCAUGCUGCUGGAUGCCGACGAACGCAACUUCCACGGCUGGGGGUACCGCCAGUUCGUGGUGCAGCGGAUGGGCACCCCUGCGGAGCGGGAGCUGGAGUAUGCCCGCCACAAGAUCAACCAGAACUUCUCAAACUACUCCGCAUGGCACUCCCGCACCAAGCUGCUGCCCGUGCUGCACGGCGGCGACGGCGGCGAUGACGCGGAUUCGGACGCUGCGGCGGCGGCCCUGGCCGCGGCGCUGCGGUUGGCUGCCACCAGCGGCGACGGCGAGGCAGCGGGUGGGACUGGUGGCGAGGCGGGAGGGCAGGCGGGCAGCCAGGAGCAGGCCCAGCAAGAGCAGCAGCAGCAGCAGCAGCAGCAGCAGCAGCAGCAGGCGAGCAGUGGCACAGGCGCGGAGCAGUCCUCUGCCCAGCCACCCGCGCCCCCAGCAGCAGCGGCGGCGCCAGCGCCAGGCAAGCGGCCCGGCGCCGGCCCGGCGGCGGCCGCCACCGCGGCGGUGCCCAAGGAGGCGUUGGAUGAGGAGUAUGAGCUGGUCAAGCAAGCCUUCUACACUGAACCCGAGGACCAAAGCGGCUGGUUCUACCACCGCUGGCUGCUGGGCUGCUCGCUGGCGCACUGGGAGCAGGCGCGCGGCGCCGAGGCGGAGGCUGCGGAGCGCGACGCGCUGCUGGCGGUGCUGGGCCGCGAGCAGCAGACUUGCGAGGAGCUUCUGGAGAUGGAGCCGGAGGCUAAAUGGCCGCUGCUGACGCUGACGCGGCUCAAGGAGCUGCAGCAGCAGGUGCUGGACGGCGGCGGCGGCGGCGGCAGCGGCGGCGGCGAAGACCGGGCGGCGGCAGGGGCGCCCGCAGCAGACGGCAGCGCCGGCUUGGCUGCCGAGGUGGCGGAGGGGUAUGCUCGGCUCAAGGAGGCGGAUCCGCUGCGGCGGGGAUACUAUCAAGACGCGGAGCAGGGGCGGGCGCAUGUGGUCGCCAAGCCCUCUGCCGUGGCCUGA